CGGGCUCGAUUAACACGUCCCUCGAAUUCGUGGUUCCUUUCGCCGGUCGGCUGGAUCCGUGUCCGAAUUCAAGGGAAUCCGUUCUCCGUGUGAACCAGCCGGAGCCGAUGAGCAGGAUCACGUGAUCGCGUGGCAACCGGUUCGAUAAUGCAGCCGAUUGGUUGGACGGUGACGUGCGUGCUGCUCGCCGCGGCGACUUUUUCGAAAUGCGCGUGCACCGCGAGCCUCGAGAGCGUUGGCGUCGCUGCGCCGCUGGACCACGGCCAACCUGGACGCGACCAAGUCACGAAACUUUUGCCGGUGCCCAAGGACGUCGCGGUGGAUCCCGAUGUUCGGCUGGUCAGGGAGUUCUUCGAUGAAUUAUUCGAUGGAGGGAACGAGGUUCAAGAAUCGACGGACAGACAAGCUAGAACGUUUGGCGUUAAGCGGAUACAGUUCAUGCUAAUGCCGAUGGUGUAUAAAAUGGGAGUGAUGAUGACAAUGCUGACGGUGUUGACGGUGAUUUCGCUGAAAGGAUUGUUGAUCGGUGUCACUCUGUUGGUGCUCAAGUUGAGCACGAUAAUAGCGAAGUUUGCAUCCGGUUGGCACCAGAACACGACACCUCAGCCGAUCCACGUGCACGUGCACAACGCACCGCCAUAUGCUCACAACCAGGCGUACAGCGGCUGGAUGCCGCACAGCGGUCCAGAGAACGACGAACAUUAUUAUUAUAGGGGAUAA